AUGACUGGAUACACUCUUUACAACUAUAAGCCAUCAUUGGUUGCCGCCAUUGUGUUCAUCAUUCUUUUCCUCAUUGCAACCGUGGCUCACAUCGGCAUGGCCAUCAAAACAAGGACGAAAUUCAUCAUCGCCUUCAUCAUUGGUGGUUUCUUUGAGGCGAUCGGCUAUGGCGCACGCGCUGUGAAUGCGCAUCAGGCGCCAGACUAUACCACUAUGCCAUACGCCUUGCAAAGUCUCUUUAUUUUGCUUGCACCCUCACUGUUUGCCGCUUCUGUUUAUAUGAUUCUUGGUCGUAUCAUUCGUGCUACUGAUGGAGACUCGAGAUCUCUGAUUCGGGCAACGAGGUUGACCAAGAUCUUUGUGCUGGGUGAUGUUCUGUCUUUCUUCAUCCAAAGUGCCGGUGGUGGUCUUAUGUCGGGUGCUAAGACCGAGAGCAAGCUCAAACUCGGCGAGAAUGUGAUCAUCGUCGGCCUGAUUGUUCAAAUUCUGUUCUUCGGAUUCUUCAUUAUUGUUGCCUGUGUGUUCCAUCAAAGAAUGGCGGGAAACCCUACCACAACCGCUAUGGGCACAUCCAUUGACUGGCAAAAGUAUCUCAUGGUGUUGUACUUUGUGAGCACCUUGAUCAUGGUCCGGUGUAUCUACCGAGUGAUCGAAUAUAUCCAGGGCUCCACCGGAUUCUUGCAGAGCCAUGAGUAUUUUGCCUACGUUUGCGAUUCCAUGCUCAUGAUCUUCGUGAUGAUCACCUUCCUGUUUUUCCACCCCAGCCAGAUCAUCGACCGGGGACAGACCAAGAUCGACGAAACUGAACUCAUGUACGGGCGACUGCCUUGA